AAACGUAAUAAGACUUAUAAUUUCAUUUACAUUGUCAUCGUCAAGUCGCGAUCUGCUUUUGUUUUUCUGUAUAUGUUUCAAGUCUACACAAUUAAAAAUUGAUCAACUGGGAUUAUACUUGAUAAAAAUUAACCAACAAUCCCAAUCAUGAAGCUCAUACGAGCUAUCAUCGCCUGUCUUUUGUUAUUUGGUCACCAUCUGAUGGUCUGUGGACAAGAAUCAGCUUCUGAAAGUUAUGACCCUCCAUUGCUUAACCCGGCCUCUGAACCUUCGCCUGAAGAUGCUCCACGUUAUUCCAAUUCUUCAACAGUAAAUUCAAUGGAAGAAGAAAAAGUAGUGAACAAUCCUGCGGCUAACAAAGUGGAAAAUGCCCCUGAUAGUGAGAAGAAACCUGAAUCGAUUACAAACAGCACAGAGUCGUCUUCAACAUCAAGGGUUCGAGCCAUAGUACCGGAAAGAGCCAUCUAUUCUGAAUCCAAGAGCAUUCCGUUUAACGUUAAACCAGGAGUCAAUAGCAAAUUUUAUGAUCAAAGUGAAUUGUAUUCAGUCGCAUUCAAUAGAUCAAUUCCACCAUUUGAUGUUAAAGCGAUCUAUCACGAAUACUUAGGUCGCAUGAGGAUCCAGUGUAUGAAUUAUCCUCAAGAACCCAAAAUACAAUAUAAGGAUUUACAAGAGGCUGUUCACUUGGCUACAGUACAGGUUCAGACGGAAAUUGAUCGUGCUAUUGCUGAUGCCAAAGCUGGAAACAUUAUAGCCUCAAAUGUUAUUUCAGCUGAUGGUCGACACCUGAUCACAGGCAAAUUACCAUCCGAAUUAAAGGAUUUCAUUGACCAAGAAGAAUCGUCUUUUAUGGAAUAUGUUGCCAAAAAUUUACAGAGAAAGUUUUGUAUUAGACCAGUUGAUGUAGUCGAACGCUUGACUAAGAUUCCUCCGUCUGCAUUGGCUUCAAAGUUUUUAAAGUGCACUCGGAAACACAAUAAUUAUGCUGGAAAUAAGCUUUCUUGCAAAAACUCUCGAUACCGAACAUAUGAUGGCUCAUGUAAUAACCUUGAGCACACUUUUUGGGGUAAAUCAAACAUUUGCCAUGUUCGAUUCCUUCCUCCUGCUUAUCAAGAUGGUUUGUAUUUACCUCGAUCUCUUGGAGCCUCUGGAAAGCCUUUACCUUCACCACGAUCUGUUUCAUUGAGCCUUCAUGAAGAGGGUGAAGGUAGUUCAUUUUACACACCAUGGCACUUUACUUGGGGUCAAUUCGUUAUCCAUGAUAUAGUGUCAACUCCACAAAGUGUCCCAAGCCAUGGAUCAGGUGUUCAAUGCUGUCCGGCUUCAAAGGAUGAUUCAAAGUGUUUGCCCAUCUUCCUAGGCCAAAACGAUUACCAAGCUUCAAAACGAAAAUGUAUCAACUUUAUUCGAUCCGCACCUUGUCCUCUUUGUAAACUUGGUCCAAGACAACAACUUAACUUGGCCACAUCUUAUAUUGACCAUAGUGCUAUGUAUGGAGCUGAUAAUCAAACUGUUGCCUCUCUACGUACAUUUAAAGGUGGUUUGUUGGCUGUUGGAUUAGAUAAAAAUAGGAACCCAAUCCUUCCUGACAGUAAAUCUACUCUCACUGAUCAAUGUAGUCGCCCUGCAUUGGGUAAAAAUCAUGUUUGUUUCCGAUCUGGUGAUGCUCGUGUCAAUCAACAACCCUUCAUUCAAUUGAUUCAUGGCAUCUUCUUACGUCGUCACAAUCAACAUGCUCGUGGUUUGGCCCGUGUUAAUCCAUAUGCCUCGGAUGAAAUCCUAUUUCAAGAGGCUCGUCGAAUCACCAUUGCUGAACUUCAACACAUAACCUACUAUGAAUAUUUACCCGUUCUUUUGGGACCUGAAUUAGGUGAUUACUUUGAAGUAAUUGAGAAGGAUACUCUUUUCACUGAAUAUGAACCAGAUGUUGAUGCAACAACAUGGAAUGAAUGUGCUGCUGCUGCCUGUAGAUUUGGACACUCACAGAUAACAUCCUUUUUGUCAAUUAAGGAAACAAAAGGAGCAUCCAUGAAUUUAAAAGAUUCAUUCUUUAAUCCAGAACUAAUUCAUUCAGGUUUGACUCCAAAUUUGAUAGCUACUAUGCUUAAUAGCAAAGCAGCCGUUAUGGAUCCCUUCCUAACUCCAUCGCUCAAGAAUUUCUUGUACCACCAUUCUGGACAAGAUACAUUCGGAAGUGAUUUAGCUGCUUUCAAUAUUCAACGUGGUCGAGAUCAUGGUAUUCCUCCUUAUGUUGAUUACGUUAAAUUUUGCUUUGGUUUUGUGAUUCGCAGCUGGAAAGAUUUACAUGCCUUUAUGCACCCAGAACAUAUAGCAAAACUACGCAAAGUCUAUGGUGAUUUCCGUGAUAUUGAUUUGUUUACUGGAGGUCUGUAUGAAAGGAAAGCCAUAGAUGCCGAUAUUGGACCUACUUUUGCAUGUAUAGUUGGUAUCCAAUUUUACCAUCUAAAAUUUGGAGACCGUUACUUCUACACUCAUUCUGAUCAAGCUGGUUCAUUCACUGCUCCUCAAUUAACGGAUAUGAAAAACAAAUUUACGCUGUCAAACCUCUUGUGUCUUACUGAACCACAAUUGAAUUAUGCUCAACGCCAUGCUUUCCUUGCACCUAGCCCUGUCAAUCCUAAUAUUGAUUGUAAAGAUGUGCGAAAAAAUGCCGGGCUUAACUAUAAUCUUUGGCGAUUCCGUCAUUAAAUGUUGUUAAUAUCAAUGACGCAAGUGAAACAGAAAUCAAAAUAAUUUAAAAAAUAAAAUCAUUUAUAUCGUAUGAACGUUAAAAAACGCAAAAA